GUGUUCAAAGUGUUCGACGAAAGCGUGAGAACCCAGAGGAUAGUCGCAGCUCCCGCGGGGUGCAAAACGUUGCUAUAAGCCACUUUCCAACCCACACACAAACUAUGUCCCUACUCGGAUUCAACGAUCCACUGACGGCGAUCGCGUCCGUGAUCACGGGCCUAGCGAUCGUUCUGUCACUAAUCAAAUACUAUCUGUACCUCACCUGCGGGCACUUUACCUCGGCACGCAAAAUGGACGGCAAAACGGUCAUCAUUACCGGGGCCAACUCGGGCAUCGGCAAGGAGACGGCCCGCGACCUAGCGAGACGGGGUGCCCGUGUUAUUAUGGCCUGCAGGAACAUGGAGACGGCCAAGGUGGCACGAGAAGAGAUCGUGGCGGAAACGGGCAACACCCAGCUCAUCAUCAAGCAGAUCGACGUGAGUUCGCUCGCCUCCGUGCGUGCGUUUGCCAGGGAGAUUGUUGCGGCCGAGCCCGUGAUCGAUGUCCUUAUUCAUAACGCCGGCGUGGCGCAGGCCUACAACAACAAGGUGACCGCCGACGGGCUGGAGUUCACGAUGGCCACCAACUACUACGGCGUGUUCCUGCUGACGCACCUGCUGAUCGAGCCGCUCAAGAAGGCCGACCAGGGCCGGGUGGUGAUCGUGUCGUCGAAGCUGUACCAAUACGCUUCGCUGAACCCGGACAACCCGAACAGCAUCAACCCGGUCAACUAUUUCUCGCUCUUCCCCGUCCACCUGUACAGCCUGUCCAAGUUUGCCGAAAUCAUGUUCACGCAGGAGCUGGCCCGGCGGCUGAAGGAUACGCGUGUAACGGCCAAUUGCCUACACCCGGGCGUUAUCGACACCGGCAUUUGGCGCAACCUGCCCUUCCCGCUCAGCAUCCUGUUCAAGCCGAUCAAGAUGUGUUUCCGCACGCCGGAGGAGGGAGCCCGCACCACCAUCUUUCUGGCCGUGUCGCCGGACGUGGAGCACAUCAGCGGACAGUACUUCCGGGGCUGCAAACUGAAUGAGCUGAAUCGUAGGGUGCAGAACGUCGCCAAGCAGCAAGCCCUGUGGGAGGCUUCCAAGAAGCUGGUGAAGCUGACGGAUGUCGAUCCUCAGAUCUAGGGAUCAGGGGAUGGCAGCGCUUCCGCUGUCUCUACGACGGGCUCUCAGUUGAUAUUUAACUGUAAAGAAGUAUAUUCGUGUGAAAACUUACAAACGAAGCCAGUAUACGAACACCAACACACACAGUUCGGUGUGCAUAAUUGUGUACCAGUGAGUGGCGAUGAUUUCUCAAACAAUGCAACAUAAAUCUAUGCCUAAAUAAAUAAUGUGCUUUGCCACAAUUGGUUGCUUCUCUUUGCACCCAUGCU